CUGACCUAACAACAAGCGAUCGAGAUGUGGGUCUCUGAUAAAAUAGGCACAGCUCUGGUAUUUUAAUUCUUCGGAUGACCUCAAAUGCAAAAAAAAAAAAAAAUCUCAAAAACAUUUAAUUGUCACUAUACACAGCCUGUAAUUAGACUUCGGCACUGUCACUAUGCCGAGCAAUAAGCUUGAGAAGCAGGAGGUCAGCGAUAACGUUAAGGUUGUGGUGAGAUGUCGUCCCCUCAACCAGAAAGAGAAGAUGAUGGGCCACAAACAGGCCGUUAUAGUGGACGAAAUGCGUGGGACCAUCACAGUCAACAAGCUGGAGACCCCCCAGGAGCCUCCCAAGACCUUCACUUUUGACACUGUGUUUGGUCCUGACAGUAAACAGCUGGAUGUUUACAAUCUCACAGCUCGCCCCAUCAUUGACUCAGUGUUAGAGGGUUACAAUGGCACAAUCUUUGCAUAUGGGCAGACUGGUACUGGAAAAACAUUCACCAUGGAGGGUGUGAGAGCGGUGCCAGAGCUCAGAGGGAUAAUCCCAAAUUCCUUUGCUCAUAUUUUUGGACACAUUGCUAAAGCAGAGGGUGACACCAGAUUUUUAGUUCGUGUUUCGUACCUGGAAAUUUACAAUGAAGAGGUGCGGGAUUUGUUGGGCAAGGACCAGAUGCAGAGGCUAGAGGUGAAAGAAAGACCAGAUGUUGGCGUGUACAUCAAAGAUCUGUCUGGUUACGUUGUGAACAAUGCUGAUGAUAUGGACAGGAUUAUGACACUGGGCCACAAAAACCGGUCUGUUGGAGCCACAAACAUGAAUGAGCAUAGCUCACGUUCUCAUGCUAUCUUUACCAUCACCAUCGAGUGCAGUGAGAAGGGUGUGGAUGGCAACCAGCAUGUACGCAUGGGAAAACUUCAUCUGGUUGACCUGGCAGGCUCAGAAAGACAGGGCAAGACUGGAGCCACAGGUCAGCGCUUAAAGGAAGCAACAAAGAUAAACCUGUCUCUGUCCACGCUGGGUAAUGUCAUCUCAGCCCUGGUGGACGGCAAAAGCACCCACGUUCCCUACAGGAACUCAAAACUGACCCGGCUUCUCCAGGAUUCACUGGGAGGAAACUCCAAAACAAUGAUGUGUGCAAAUAUAGGCCCUGCAGACUACAACUACGAUGAGACCAUCAGUACCCUACGCUAUGCCAACAGGGCUAAAAACAUCAAAAACAAAGCCAGGAUCAAUGAGGACCCUAAAGAUGCCCUGCUGCGCCAGUUUCAGAAAGAGAUCGAGGAGCUCAAGAAAAAACUGGAAGAAGGUGAAGAGAUCUCUGGCUCAGAUGGCAGUGGAUCAGAAGAGAUGGAUGAAGGUGAUGAUGAAGGAGGGGUGCCAGGAGGUGGUCGCAGGAGAAGAGAAGAAAGAGGAAGAAAGAAGGUUUCCCCUGACAAGAUGGUGGAGAUGCAGGCAAAGAUUGAAGAGGAAAGAAAGGCUUUGGAGGCCAAGCUGGACAUGGAAGAGGAGGAGAGGAACAAGGCAAGAGCAGAGCUUGAGAAGAGGGAGAAGGACCUUCUUAAAGCCCAGCAGGAGCAUCACCUCCUGCUGGAGAAAUUGUCGGCUUUAGAAAAGAAGGUGAUUGUGGGUGGAGUGGACCUCUUGGCCAAAGCUGAGGAGCAGGAGAAGCUUUUGCAGGAGUCCAACAAUGAACUUGAAGAGCGUCGCAGGAGAGCAGAGCAGCUGCGGAAAGAGCUGGAAGAGAAAGAGCAAGAACGUCUGGACAUAGAAGAGAAGUAUACUAGCCUGCAGGAGGAGGCUCAAGGAAAGACUAAGAAGCUGAAGAAAGUGUGGACCAUGCUGAUGGCUGCCAAAUCUGAAAUGGCAGAUCUGCAGCAAGAGCAUAACAGAGAGAUUGAGGGCCUCCUGGAGAACAUCCGCCAGCUGAGCCGAGAACUCCGGCUCCAGAUGCUUAUCAUAGACAACUUUAUUCCUCAAGAAUACCAGGAGAUGAUUGAGAACUACGUGCACUGGAAUGAAGACAUUGGAGAGUGGCAGCUGAAAUGCGUGGCUUACACUGGCAACAAUAUGAGAAAACAGACUCCUGCUCCCGACAAAAAAGAGAAAGAUCCAUUUGAGGUGAAUCUGUCUCAUGUGUAUCUAGCCUACACAGAGGAGAGCAUGCGGCAGUCGAUGAUGAAACUAGAGAGGCCCAGGACCUCUAAAAGUAGCAAGAGUGGUCGUCCCAAGACUGGUCGAAGGAAAAGAUCUGUAAAGCCAGAAGCUGUGAUCGAAUCCCUCCUACAGUGAUGACAGCACAGAGGAGACCCUCAGUUCACUGCAAUAUUCAUGUUACCUGAAAGAAGCUGUUAGUCCAGUUUAUGGCUGAACAGUGUCUAAAAGAUUAUCUGAAUACAAUAAUAAAAAAAAAGUUCUCGGCCAAGAGAACCUGUUACAUGUAUUGCAGUAUUUUUAUGUUGCUUUGGUAGUGGCAGUUAAUUGGAAGCACCAUAACCGUAAAAAUAGACAUUUCUCACUUUUAGGAUGCUGAAAAUAGAGCUGUGACCUUCUUAACUGAUUUCCUGACCAACUAAUUCAUAUGAAAUGGACCCAGCUUGAUAUGAAUGCAUUAUGAUUAAUUUCUGAUUGUGUGUGCAGUUUCACAGAUCAUUUGGGGGCGAAAGUUAAAGUAUUUAAAUAAGUAUGUAAAUGAAAAGUUUGCUUUAUACUUUACUGUAGAUGAGGAGCUUAGCAGCAUGCAUGCAAGCUCGCUCGUAUGGUUAGUCUUAUUAGCUAAUGUAAGAAAGUAAUGUUUUUAUUUUCAAAUGUCAGGACACUGUGUUAUAUGAUGAGAUACUCCAUGCAUAUGGUAUGCCUUAGUAUGAUGCACUUGUAGGAGUUUUUGUGAAGAUCAUUUCAUUUCAUGGUGUUUUAUAGUGGAGGCUAACUGGCUGUUAUUUUGUAUCAUACUGUCAAGUGUUUACAACCUCUCCUGAAACCACUGUUUCAUUUUUAUUAUUUAUUAAAUUAUUCCACAUUUUAUCUCACA